AUGGUGCAGCACAACCUCAUGGAGCAUUUCUCGGCGUCUACUCCUAGUUACGUGGACGUGUCGAGUGACCGGAACAAGAACAGAAGUCGCAGUCGCAGCUACGGCGCCGUGACAGCGAGUAUCGGGCUGUCACUCAAGCAGAUGAAGGAGAUUGGGGAGCUCUUUGGGAUCAGCAGUGACCAGAGCCCGCAUGUGGAUCCUGCUUCUGCCGUGGACCCGCGAGAUAUGCCGAGAGUAGCAGAAGUUUAUCUCCCUGUUGAUGAGUUGAGUGAUGACGAGGAACUGGGCGGAGAUGAGUGGAAGGAUGAAGUGGAGGAAGACUCGGUGGGUGCGCGAGUGGAUGGUGGAGCUUGUAGUGACCCUGCGUCCCCCGCGUUCUGUCCUUUCCCUGCAGAUUCAAGUCCUCAGGCGGAGGGAGAGCUGGCAAAGUCCAGUUUGACACCAAUACAACCCCCGUCUUGGUCUUCUGGAGCGUCAAAAAUCAAGAAUCCAGGCGAGAUUCAGGCCUCUCUGAUCCGUGAAUUCAACAUGCUCAACGACUGGGAACCCACAAAGUCUGCGAUGACUGCAAGGAGCCGCUUCUCUUCGGACGGACAGUUUCUUGCCAUCGCCAAACUGGGCAACAACCACAUCGACAUUUGGUCUGCGAACCCGGUAGCGCUGUCCCCGUCGUCUACGAUUACGCUCCCGUCAAGGCUGAUAAGUCUGAACUGGCUUGGCCCAGGCCCCAGCAAACAGGUGCGUGGUGUUCAGUCUUGUGCCUGCAGUAUUACGAAGUCUGACGCUUGUACGUGUGCCGUGUAG